UCGCGCUGUAGGAACAUGAUGUGGUCCACGGUCGUGUUUGUUUUGGCUCUAGCAGCUGUUUCGGCGCUGCCAACAGACGUCCUCCGCAAACCAGACCCCGGUCCUCGUUACCAGUAUGUGGAGGCUGGCGAUGGAUCGCUCCACUUGGCCGACCUAUGGGUCAAGGUCAGCGACGUGCAGGAAGCGGCCAGAUUUAACCCUGACUCCCAGAAUGUGUACCACCUGUUUACCAGACUGAACCCGACAGUGAGCCAGCCCCUCCUCCUGGGCUCUGAUGGGCUCCUUGGCAUGACAAACUACGACGCGCGCCGCCGCACCAUCAUCAUCAUACACGGCUGGCUGGACUCCGCCACUGCCAACGUCAACUCUGUGCUUGUACCUGCGUUCCUGGCUGCGGAAGACGUGAAUGUAAUAGUAGUGGAUUGGAGUGCUGGUGCUGGCACCAUCAACUAUGCUGCAGCCGUCUCCAACACAGUCACUUCUGGUGAAAGUGUAGCCCGCUUCAUCAACUGGUUGAACCAGGCCACGAACACCUCCCCAAUGAGCUACCACUUGGUGGGGCAUAGCCUCGGGGGUCACCAGGUCGGCAUCAUCGGCAGAAAUGUCAACGGACAAGUUGCUUAUAUCACUGCUCUGGACCCUGCCUUCCCCCUAUGGAUCACUCACAACCACAAGUUCCGAGAGGACGACGGGCUUUAUACUGAGAUUAUCCACACCAACGCGGGGCUACUGGGCUAUAUAGGAACACUUGGACACGUGGACUUCUAUCCCAACGGUGGGAUUAACAUGCCUGGCUGUGACACCCAGGAGUGUGACCAUGAGAGAUCAUUCCACUACCUGGCUGAAUCUCUGAUCAGUGGAGGCUUCACUGGUCGCCGGUGCGCGACUUACGCCGGCGCCAUGUCGAACAACUGCAUUCUAUGGGGAACCCUCAAUAUGGGUGGACUGGUGCCGAAGAUUGGAUCCUCCGGUAUCUACCGCAUGGAAACCAACGCGUCUCCACCAUUCUCCCGGGGUUAAAGACCUUCUCGAAGAUUCUGGCAAACUCUAAUGUGAAAGAAAUUUGAUAAAUAUAAAUAAAGAUAAAUCAUUUCUA